CUUCAUUCGAAUCUCCCAACACAACAAGCUUAUUCUGUUAUGUUGUCCCUGCAAAAGUACAUUAAAAAAAAAAAAAACGGCUCUAACUCCAAAAUAACUGCCCAUGUUUCCGUUAUUCAGUUAUUCAUAUCUCCUGCUCUUUCUCUGCCUCUCCCGCCCUUGCUCCCCUGCCAGAAUCAUACCGGGCUCCGUUACCGUCAUAACUGAUCCCGACGUCAACUCCCACGCCGUCUACACCACCUGGCGCAACUUUACUCGCUUCCAGGACGCCGUGAAGGGCAGCAGCGUCACCGGCAUCUCCGAGCUCAAAACCUACUUCCACCGAUUCGGUUACCUAACGGUUCCCGAUCCCCGUAGCAACUUCACGGAUGUUUUCGACAAAGACCUCGAAUCCGCCGUUACUCUCUACCAGAAAUACCUUGGGUUACCGGUAACGGGAAAACUCGACGCCGGUACUAUUUCCGUCAUUAUGUCACCGAGAUGUGGCGUUAGCGAUUCUCAGAUUACUGUCCGACGUGGCAGUAGUGCUCUGCGUCCAACGAAGCACUAUGCGUAUUUUAACGGCCAGCCGAGGUGGACCCGUGGGACGCCGGUGACGCUAACGUAUGCUUUCUCGACGAACAACAUGAUUCACUACCUGAGUUUGGAGGAGGUGAAAAUAGUUUUUCACCGCGCGUUUUCACGGUGGGCGGCGGUGAUUCCGCUGAAAUUUAAGGAGGCAAGAGACUACGAAGCGGCGGAUAUUAAAAUAGGUUUUUACCGCGGUGAUCACGGCGACGGAGAGCCGUUCGAUGGGGUGUUGGGAGUGCUGGCUCACGCGUUUUCGCCGGAAAACGGGAGGUUUCACCUGGACGCCGCGGAGACGUGGGCCGUCGAUUUUGAAAAGGAGAAAUCAAAAGCGGCGGUGGAUCUUGAAUCGGUGGCGACGCACGAGAUAGGUCACGUGCUGGGGUUGGCUCACAGCUCGGUGAAGGAAGCCGUGAUGUAUCCGAGCCUGAGUCCACGAACGAAGAAGACUGAGCUGAGGAUGGAUGACGUGGAUGGUGUACAGGCGUUGUAUGGGUCAAACCCAAAUUUCAAGUUCAGUUCUCUGAUGGAGUCCGAGAAUUCUUCGAACAAGGCCAGUGUUCUAACGAGUAGACCAGGGUCUCAUUCUUUGACGAUUUCUUUACUGGUGGUUGUUUAUUUGAUAUUUCUUGCGUGUCCAUGAAAGGGCAAUUUUUAUUUAUGGAUUUUUAAAAAAAAAAUUUUAUAGGUAGAUUCAAGUUGUGAAAAUAAAG